AUGGCACGAGUUCUCGGGUCGGUGGCUGCCCAACCGAAAUGGGUGCCACUGGAAUCGAACCCAGACUUAUGGAAUGAAUAUAUGUAUCACCUAGGUGUUGAAGGAGGACGUCCAGCGUUCGUGGACGUCCUGUCGCUGACGGAGGCAGUGGCGCAGCUUCCGCAACCUGUGCACGCGCUGGUGGUGUGUUUCCCACUGGGCGCACGGGAAGCCAGCUCCCCGGUUAGAACUGUAGGGUCUGACGUGUGCUAUUAUUUUUGCGCACAAACAGUACAAAACGCGUGUGGAACUAUGGCGCUGCUGCACGCUGUCUUGAACAACUGUGAACGCGCGUCCAUCCAGCUUCGGCCGAGCUCCGUACUGGAAAAGUUGCAGGCGCACGCUCGUGACUUUCCAAACGCAACGCCUUUAGAACGAGCAGAGUUUCUAGAAGGUGACGAGGCCCUGGCUGCAGCGCACGAUGCAUAUGCUGCCGCGGGACAGACAACGGCACCUGCACCAGACACCGACACCGAUUUGCACUUCAUUUGCCUAAUUCGGGACCGCAGCGGCCGUCGUCUUCUCGAGCUCGAUGGCAGGAAACACGGUCCAGUAGACCAUGGGGAAACGAACGCCGAAACUUUUGUAGAGGAUGCGUGUAGGCUAAUCCAGAACAAAUUUGUGCAGCGGGGUCCGUACCUAACUGUCAUGGCGCUGUGCGGCUGA